AAUCGCGUGAUGAUGACGUCACCAAAGACUGCCAUAAGAGGAGGCCGUCAGCGAGCACAAUGUAUCCGCUCACCUUUCUGAACUUGAGGCUGACAAGAUCCUAGAGGGCGCCAUAUCAGCUAACUCCAGACCAUUUUGCCGUAACACAGUACAUCAGUCAGGCUCGUUCGUUGGCUUCAAGACAUGCUGCCUUUAUUGUGGUUGUGGCCUUUGUUGCCUUACCUUGGUUCCUUUGGAGCUGGCAUCGGUGCUGGCAUCGGAAUUUGGGAACUGUCGCGUCCAAAAUCAGCACCAGUCCCAGCACCAGUUCCAACACAAGUCCUGGCACAAGUCCUGGCACAAGUCCCGGCACAAGUCCCGGCACAAGUCCCGGCACCAGUCCCGGUGCCAAUUCCAGUGCCAGGCCCAGUGCCAAUUCCAGUGCCAGGCCCAGUGCCAAUUCCAGCGCCAGGCCCAGUGCCAAAUGUCUUCAACCACGUCAUGGCAAAUUGCUCCAACUACACCUUCCUCAAUGACACGUUGGAGAAGGUCACACCCUCCGUCGUGCACAUCAAACUCUACCACAACCCUCCUAACCCCGAGCAGGAAGUCACUGUCACCAGCACCUCUGGCUUCAUCGUGUCAGAGGAUGGACUCAUCGUUACCAAGGCCCACACGGUGGUCAAUGAGGAUCAAAUAAAGAAAGAGCUUUGUCUGCAGGUGGAGCUGAAGGGUGGCGCUGUGUUUGACGCAAAGGUCAAACUCGUGGAUGAGGCGUCCGACAUCGCUCUCAUCAAGAUCAACACAGCCACCAGUCUGCCCUUUCUUGUCAUCGACCACAUGACGGACCUUCGGUUUGGAGAGUUUGUGGUGGCCAUCGGCAGAAAGUCCCCGCACCAGCUCAAUGUGGUCACCGGCAUUGUCAAGGGGGAGGCCAAGGAGAUGGACCUCCAGAACUCGGACAUACUCUACAUCAAGACGGACAUCGUCAUGGAUCCCAGCAACUCAGGAGGUCCUCUUGUAAACCUGGACGGACAAGUCGUCGGCAUCAACACUCGACGGGUGGUGCCCUCUUCGGACGGUGCCAUCCCUUCGUUCAAGAUCAGUGAACUCCUGGCCCACGCCACAGGGGGAAACGGCAACAAGAAGUACAUCGGCAUGAAGAUGAUGAGCCUCACACCAGCGUUGGCUGCGGAGCUGAAGGACAGACUGAAGGACUUCCCAGACGUCACCUCUGGCGCUUACAUCGUCCACAUCUUCGGGGGGACUCCUGCCGAGGCCGCCGGCCUGCGGUACCGUGAUGUCAUCGUCGCCGUCAAUGGCAAGCCUGUGAAGUCCGCCAGCGACGUCGAUGCCGCCAUGAUGCGAGACGACACGCUUCGUGUGGUCGUGAAGCGGGGAAACGAAGAUGUCAAUCUGUCCAUCGUGCCCAAGGAGAUUGACCCUUGACCCUGCAAGCAUUCUGGCGAGCACGACUGCUAGCCACUGUCAGCGUGUCCACAGGACUCCACCUGGUGUGGCACUGUGGGACACUGCUGAGUCUAACCUUCUUCCUUUCGUCAAUUUUAACACUGACCUUUGUCUUGCUUUUUACGUGCAGAAAUGCUAAGCAAAUCCACACACAUAUAUAUCUGCAAAAGUGUUAUACUUAUGUAUCUUAUCAUUGAUAUCAGCUGAAUGUAUGAUCUUUUUUCAUGUAAAGCAGGGGUGUCAAACUCAUGCCAUGGAGGGCCGUGACACUGCAGGUUUUCUUUCCAGCCAGUCACUAAAGCAGGUGAUUUUAAUGAUCAACACCUUCAGUUUGAGGGAAGGAGCUCAUCAAUUAAAUCACCUGCUGAAGAAACUGGUUGGAGAGAAAAUCUGCAGCGUCUCGGCCCUCCAGGGCACCAGUUUGACACGUGUGAUGUAAAGAGUUCCAUGUUCCAAGAAGAUGUGUGUGUAAGUGACAAGAAAGUAUGAAGCAAUGUGAUUGUAAAAAGGACCCAGGAGAGCAACAUCAGGUGAGGGAUAGGCUGCAGCCAAAAUAAAUUUUCCCCCUUUUCUUUCAACAUUUGAACUCCCGAUAAACCAUUUCUUUCCUCAAGCCGUUAUCCUUAGUUUUGCCCUACAUUUGUUUUCAUUACAAUUAGCUGUUAUUACUACAUGUUUGACUAUUUUUGCUAAUUACUACUAGUCACCACCUACCAAUUCACCUUCAAAACCCUUGGCAUAGAUGUUGAGUGAUAAGGGGGGCAAAAUUUUGAUGAAAAAAAGAGUGUGUGAGGAGAUAAAAAUGAUUGAAAAAUGUACUAGCAGCAAUUAGCAAAUUUUAUGAUGUAUUUGACUGUUACUAUUACAGCUGCUUUGUGUGGUUUUGUAUUUUUAUACUGCCCUUGCUGAAUUCUGCAAUAAACUCCUUUCCUGAGCAUUCCAAA